AUGCCGGCAGAGAGGAGCGUCCCCAUUGGCACCCCACGCGAACGUGGCGGGCGGCGUCAGUCGGUCGUCCGUAGUUCGCUCGAGCUCGUCUUUAGCUACUCGCGCUCCCAGCAACGUUUCUAUGCUGGCUUACCCUCGGCCCCCUCUUUCGUCGACUCGCACUGGGGUGAUGUCGCGACGGAUGACGAUGCCAACGAGGAUCGCGAGUGGGACACAGAGGCGGGUGGCUCGCGCUCGGGCUACAGCUCUGCGGAUGAUGGCGAGGCAAUCGACACAACGAGCGAAGCCUCGGCGUUUUUCCCCGACGAUCCAGUGCGCGCAGUCGAGAGCCGCCGCGGCUCUCCGACCGAUCUGACGAGCAUCCGCGAGCGGCGAGGGGAGGAAGAGGUCGCGCGCAGUAUCACCGCCUCCUUGCCCACCAAGCGCGGCGGCCUGCUUCAGAUGUACGGGACUACCCCGAGCGUACCCCUCAGCAGCUCGCUGACCUCGAGCUCCGGUUCCGGUAACAGCAACGGCAACAGCGGGGGAGCGACCCCACGCGCAGGCACCAAACCCCUCCCUGACGACCUGCCUACGCGCCGUGUCAGCGUUCAGCGCGGGGUUGGUGUCGGUCAUGGCCCGCCCACCCAUUACAAGCAGCUCCCAUCUGAGACGACGCCACUCCUCGCCACUCCCACCAAGAAUUGGGCACCGGAGCGCCUCUCUCCACUCAACUCACCCACCCGCUCGCGCCGCUCUAGUGCCGCUGGCCCUCGCCGUGUGUCCCACCGCGUACCCGCACACGUCGGCGAGAGCAGCGACGGUCAGACGCUUUUUAACGCCACCGCCGUCCUUGUUGGUAUCGGCCUGCUCUCUAUGCCUCUGGCGUUUAGCUACGCGGGCUGGAUCGGGGGUACCCUCAUGCUCAUCGGCUUCUCGUACAUCACUUGCACGACUGCCAAGAUGAUGGCCCGCCUUAUCUUUGUGGACCACUCGCUGGUCGGCUACACUGAUAUCGGCCGGGCCGCGUUCGGCCCUGCUGCUGGUGCUGCCAUCAACGUCCUUUUCUGCCUCGAGCUCUUUGCGAUUGGUGUUGCACUCAUGGUGCUCCUUGGUGACUCUCUCAAUGCGCUCUUCCCAUCGGUCUCGUCGGACAUGUGGAAGGUCAUCGGCCUCUUUGUUAUUCUGCCUACGACCUUUAUGCCACUCUGGUUGCUCUCGUUCCCCUCCGUCAUAUCGACCUUCUGCACCGUGCUGUUAAUCGGCAUCGUCGUAUUUGACGGCCUGUGGAAGACCAAGGCGCCUGGCUCGAUCAUGGACCCUAUGCCGACACAUCUCGGGCCCCAAUUGGAGGGUGCGAACUGGCUCGGCGGUGUGGGCCUCGUGCUCGCCGGUUUCGGAGGUCACGCCGUCAUCCCCAGCAUUGCCCGUGACAUGAAGCACCCAGAGUCUGCGACCCGCGUGUUCAACAUUGCUUUCACCGUCGCGUGCAUCAUCUCGUUUGCAGCCGGCGCUACUGGCUACCUCAUGUUCGGCAACGAGGUGUCGGACCAGAUCACCCGCGACCUCAAGAACCCGGCCUAUGGAUACCCGACUGUUCUCAACGCGUUCGCCGUGUGGAUGAUCAUCUCGGCACCAGUGUCCAAGUUUGGUCUCUGCUCGCGCCCGUUGAACAUUGCCGUUGAGGGGUUCCUGGGCCUCGCACCCAACCCAGCCGUCCACCCCCCGCGUGACCGCCGCCGCUCGGUUGUCGAGCAGGUCUCGUCGUCCCUUGGCACUGGUCUCGCGGCCGCUGGCGCUUCCGACUAUCUUGCUGACGAUCUGUACGACGAACGCCCAAAGACCCCAGUCACGCCGCUCACGCCGCUGUACGACCCGAAUGCAACUCGCCGCGGUGAGGGCUGGAAGGGUAUCGCGCGUAUCGUCAGUCGUACAAUUAUCACGGUCGGGUGCACGGCCACGGCCAUCCUUCUACCCGGUUUCGAGAAGGUCAUGGCAUUCCUUGGUAAUUGCUCGUCUUUCCUUAUCUGUAUCAUUCUCCCCAUGUCCUUCUACCUCCGCCUCAGCCCCAGGAUGCUGCAUCUCGACUUGAACGACCCCAGCGUCCGCUUCUCCCGGUCGAUCCAGAUCGCGGUCGUCAUCAUUAGCACAGUGUUCAUGUGCUUGGGCACCGCUUGGGCGUUUAUGCCCGGCACUGGCCGGGGGGCGGAGUAG